UAUAUCUUUGAUGCGCACCACCCACCCCUCGGCACAGAAUCUUCGAGCAGCCUGACAGCAGGUAGGAGAGCGCUGGGUCUGGAGGUUAAUACACGCUGAGUCCAAGGAAGCAGCGCACCUUAUAUCGGGAAGAGAAAGGGGUAUUAGAAGAAAACGAUUUCUAGACGGGAACUUCAAAUCAAGCGUCACAUCAAGUUCUCACAAAGUCACUCCGUUCAUCAGCACCUGCAUUUCAUGGGAGAGAAAACGUUUGCCUGUUUUGCCUCUGGGAAAAUAUUUCAAACAUCAGCACUAUGAGCAGGGUGGUGAGAUUCGCAUGGACCGGAGACAUGGCACAGAAGUGCCUGCGGAACGAGUUUUAAACAGCAAUACUGAGAGAAGAGAUCCCAGCAUUCACUGUGGGAGAAACUGAACACUUGCUCCAGGUAUGUUGAUGAGUUGAUCAGAAAAACUACAGACCUGGCAGUUAAAGAAAGUGCAAACAUUUUCCCAAUGAAGGAGAUAAAUUAGUGCAGGUUGUUGACGUUUGGAAAAUAAUAAUUUGCUAUCGCAGCAGAAAUAUUUUGCAUCACAUUGAGGAGAAACUUGCUUAGUAUCAGUGAAGUGGUGCACUUUUUUAUUCUUGUACUCAAAUCCCUAUUCCUUCCUACAAAUUGAACCGUUUCAGUAUUCUAACUGCGGGAAACCGUUCAAGCAAUCCACUACCCUGAUAACACAUCAGCCGAAUUACAACGGAAAGAGACCAUUCACCUGCUUGGAGAACGGGAAGAGAUUGACUCUCUUGUCUCAGCUGACGCGUCAACUUCAAGCUCACACCAGGGGGAAACGGUUUAUCUGCUCCGUGAGCGGGAAGGGAUUUAGUCGAUCGUUUCAUCUGCGGAGUCACCAGAGGGUUCAUACAGGGAUGAUGCCGUUCGCCAGCUCUGCAUGCAGGAAGGAGUUCACUCAGUCAUCCAGUCUGGAGAUACAUCAACGAGAUCACACAGGGGAGAGGCAGUACAUCUGCUCGAAAUGUGGGAGAGGAUUUUGCCUGUCAUCACACUUGCUGAGACACCAGUGGAUUCACACCAGGGAGAGGCCGUUCACAUGUUCCGAGUGCGGGAAGGGGUUCACUCAGUCGUCCAGUUUAAAGAUGCACCAGCGGGUUCACACCGGGGAGAGGCCCUACACAUGUUCCGAGUGCGGGAAGGGAUUCACUCAGUCGUACAGCUUAUUGACGCACCAGCGGGUUCACACCGGGGAGAGGCCGUUCACCUGCACUGAAUGCGGGCGACGAUUCACACUGUCGUCCAGCCUAGUGAAUCACCAACGUUAUCACACUGGAGAGAGGCAGUUCAUCUGCUCCGUGUGUGGGAAGGGAUUCAAUAACUCAUCCCACCUGCUGAGACAUCAGCGAAUCCACACCAGGGAGAGGCCCUACGCCUGCUCCGAGUGUGGGAAGGGAUUCACUAGUUUGUCCCAUCUGCAGAGACACCAGCGGAUUCACACAGGUGAGCAGCCAUACACCUGCGGCAAGUGUGGGAAGGGAUUCACGCAAUCCACCCACAUGCUGAGACACCAGCGAACUCACACUGAGGAGAAGAUUUUUGCCGAGGGGACCGAUUACUUCCUGUACCAGACACCGGAAAUGAUGCCACGAACAUGCGCACCACCCACCCCUCGGCACAGAAUCUUCGAGAAGUCUGACAGCAGGACAAAGGUAUCAAAGCAAACCCAGACAUUCCAGAAAUUGUUUCGACACAUCUUCGUAAACAUCUACUUGUUUUCGAAAGGAGAAACUUGCUUAGUAUCAAAGAAGUGGUGCACUUUUUUAUUCUUGUGCUCAAACCCCUAUCCCUUCCUGCAAAUGGAACCGUUUCAGUAUUUUAACUGCGGGAUACAGUUCAAGCAAUCCACUAACCUGAUAACUCAUCAGCAGAAUGACCACGGAGAGAGACAAUUCACCUGCUCAGAGAACGAGACGAGAAUGACUCCCUCGUCUCAGCUGACGACGCAACUUCAAGCUCACACCAGGGAGAGACUGUUUAUCUGCUCCGAGUGCAGGAUGGAAUUCAGUCGAUUGUCCCAUCUGAUGAGACACCAGCAGGUUCACACCAGGGAGACGCCGUUCACCUGCAAUGAGUGCGGGCGAGAAUUCACACACUCGUCCAGCUUAGAUUCUCACCAACGUGAUCACACUGGAGAGAGGCAGUUCAUCUGCACCGUGUGUGGGAAGGGAUACAUUCGCUCAUCCCACCUGCUGAGACAUAAGCGCAUCCACACUGGGGAGAAGCCCUAUACCUGCUCUGAGUGUGGGAAGGGAUUCACUCGUUCGUUUCAUCUUGUAAUGACGCACCAGCGGGUUCACACCGGGGAGAGGCCGUUCCCCUGCACUGAAUGCGGGAAGGGCUUCACGCAAUCCUCCCACCUGCUGAGACACCAGCGAAUUCACACUGGGAUCCUGCCUCCCGCCCGCUAUCCUUUCAAGUGCCGGGAGGGACUGAACGGAUUACUUCCUGCACCCGGCACAGGAAAUGACGCCCCAAACAUGCGCACUUGCUAUAGGAAUAAUCGGCACAAAAGCUUCGAGAAGCCUGGCAGAGAAACUUGCUUAGUAUUGGAGAAGUGGUACACUUAUUUAUUCUUGUGCUCAAACCCCUAUUGCUUUCUGCAAAUGGAGCCAUUUCAGUAUUCUAACUGCGGGAUACAGGUCAAGCAUUCCAGUACCCAGGUAACACAUCAGCAGAAUUACAAUAAGGAGAGGUCAUUCACCUACUCGGAGAACGGAUUCGCUCACCCAUCUCCGCUGAUGACACAACAUCAAGCUCACAUCAGGGAGAGGCCGUUUAUCUGCUCCGAGUGCGGGAAGGGAUUCAGUCGAUCGUCUCAUCUGUUGAGACACCAGCAGGUUCACACCGGGGAGAGGCCGUUCACUUGCUCCGAGUGCGGGAAAGCAUUCACCCAGUCGUCCAAUUUGGUGACACACCAGCGAAUUCACACCGGGGAGAGACCGUUCAUCUGCUCCAUGUGCGGGAAGGGAUUCACCUUAUUAUCCAGUUUGAUUACGCACCACCGAGUUCACACCGGGGAGAGGCCAUUCAUCUGCACUGAGUGCGGGCGAGGAUUCACACAGUCGUCCAGCCUAAUGACUCACCAGCGCAUUCACACUGGAGAGAGGCAAUUCAUCUGUUCUGUGUGUGGGAUGGAAUUCACUCGCUCGUUUCACCUGCUGAAACAUCAGCGAAUCCACACUGGGGAGAGGCCCUACACCUGCACUGAGUGUGGGAAGGGAUUCACUUGUUCAUCCUAUCUACGGAGCCACCAGCGGGUUCACACGGGGGAGCAGCCAUACAUCUGUCCCAAAUGCGGGAAGGGAUUCACGCAAUCCUCUAACCUGAUGAUACACCAGCGAGUUCACACUGGAGAGAGGCCCUUCGCCUGCUCUAUGUGCGGAAAAAGAUUUCCAGAUUCCUCUUACUUGGUGAGACACCAGCGGAUUCACACCGGAGAGAGGCCGUACAUCUGCACCGAGUGUGGGAAGGGGUUCACUCAGUCAUCGUCCCUUGCCAGGCACCAUCGAGUCCACACCGGAGAGAAGCCAUUCAUCUGCUCCCAGUGUGGGAAAGGAUUCGCUCUGUCUUCCCACCUGCUGACACACCAACAAAUUCACACUGGGGAGCAGAUUUAAAAAUACUAGGGUAUAAAAUAUUAUAUCAAUGUGGCUGCUGAGACUCCAAUUAUGUUUCCCAAUUGUUGUUAAUCAUGCCCAGAAUAAUUUCCUAGUUAUUGGGCAGACUUCAGGUUUAUUUCUGUUGAUGCUAAGAACCCCUGUAGUUGGGUAGUGUAAUACAGGUACGCGCCGGCUUGCAUAAAAGGCGACUUGUGUAAACAAACACUUACAUAACCAAUUCUUUGUGCCCACUGAUGCCCAUCUGGUCCCCGCGGCAGAGCUCCCACCUGGUUACCUAGUUGGAUUUGCACAUGCGCAGUAUCACUUCUAUUUCCGAGUUACAUACAAUCUGACUUAUGCAAAUGUCUGCAGGACAUAACCCUUAUGUGAGUUGGGCAGCGUCUGUAUUAUAGAUGUACGAUAAAUAAAUUAGUUAUGUUGUAAA